AUGUUUAGGAACCUGGAUCAGGUGUUUACAUGCAACCGUUUCCUGGUUUCUAUUGGAGUGCUCCAGAAAACAAUUGCAGAGCAUUUGUCUUAUGACUUGACUGAUGAUGAAGGUAACGGGCACGAUGAAGCACUGCAGUCACAAUAUCCACAUGUCAAGAGGUCUCUACAGCAAGUGUUUGAGUGUGCCUACGCUCAGCUGGUUCUGCCUUGGUACGUCGUCCCUGAGCCCUGUGAGCGCCAGCCUCUGCACCAGGUGCUCAGCAAGGAGAUCGACUUCGUAAUCGACCGAAUCAUUGAACGAGCCAAAGACUUUGAUGUUUGCCAGGCGGUCGUGGGCUCCAUUCGCGUUUUGACACAGCACUUGCAUAAUGCGAGGCACUCUGACAGAGAGGUCCUAUUCAGCUCCAGAGUGGAGGAGAUGGCAGUCCUCAGAGAGUUUUCUGAUGCCCUGGUACGUAACCUUUUCUCCAAAUCUCUCUGGGGCCACGAAGUCAACCGCUGUGCCUUAAACGAGAUUGUUGCCUUAAAGGGGCUGGGGCAUUUGGUGACAUGGCUGUCCGAUCCCGACAACCUGAACCAGCUGGUGGUGAGCCAGCUCGACAGCGUGACCCCAAAAGGCUCUGUGGAGGAGCUGUGCGCAUCAGACCCGGAACGAGCCUCUCUGGCUUCACAGGAGGGCGAGGGCAGUGAAGUGAGCUUUGAGGAAGCAGGAAGUUCAACCAUCAUCAGCAUCCAGGGCAAAAGGAAAAGCAACAAAUUAAAAGAGGGAUGGUCAAAAUUUGUAGACAAGAUGAAGACCAAGAAAGCCAAGAAGAAGAAGAUGAAAGGUAUGGAGCAGAAGCUGGUUAUGAGGUUAAUGUGCAACGUGGACGAGGAUGAUGUCAGUAGCAGAGAGGGCUCGGUUCACAGCCAGCAGGACUCUGACGGGGAGGACAAGGAUCUGGAGAAGUACUUGACAAGCGUCCAACAGGACAUGAUGGAAUUCAAGCUGUCGUACGAGAUGUGGUGCGUCGGCUGCUGGCUUGUCAGCAUCCCUCAUGCUGACUGGGGUACUGAGGAGCUGAUCUUUACUGUUCACCUAGAGGAAAAGGACAGCCCUGAGAACCUCCAGUGGGACAUCAGAAAGUCUUACAUGGACAUCAUAUAUUUCCGCAACAGAUGGCAGGACUCGACCAACCUGCCCUCAGUCUUGGUGGUGGAUGAGUCAGAGAUCAACGAUGAGGUCAAAGAAAAAGCAAGACUGUCAGUGGAGCACUUCCUGAAGGAAUUAAUGUCUGAUAAUCUGAUGGGCCACACACAACCGGUUUUUCAGUUCCUCUGCCCACUGGAGAAACUGCUGAAUGAAGAGGAACAUUGUGGAGGCGUGUGGGGGCUUCUGAGCGGCUUGGCUUACUUCCUGACUCCAGGACAAGAAGAAGAUGAGAACUCGAGCCCUCAGACAGAAGCCCAGAAAGAAAUCAUAGUGCCAUCUCCACGACCAGCAUAUCCACCUCAGCCUUUAGAAAACCCAAGUGCCUCAACUGAAAAGGGAAGUGAUGCUACUGGUGUGACAGUGCCAACAAUUCUUAUCUCCCAAUGCAAGUCUCAUUCAGAUCUGCAUGAGGAAGCAGAAGAAGAGACAGAAACCGAAAAGAAAUCUGUCGCAGGCUUAGACUCAAGUGAAAGCUGCUCUCAAGACUCUGAUAAUCCCUUAACCUCUCACUUUAAAAUGAUUUUCAGAGGACUGACCCGAUCCAGGUCACAAGAGUCUCUGGUCUUGACAAGAAAUGCCAAUGAUGAAGACCAUCCUCUUUCAGGUUGCACGCCACACUGCAGCCAAAACGGAGGCUUACAUGGGGAGGGCGCAGAAAGCCCGUCAUGGCUUCAUUUCAGUACAAAGUCCCAUAAAAAGGAGAAGAUAUGUUCCAAAGGUGGAUCUCUCAAACCUAAAGGGAAGGACCAGGGCACUGUGACAAGAGGGGAGGACUCCCAGUUUCAGAACAACAGGGAGCAGCUAGAGACGACCAAAGCCAUAUUUGAUCUGCUGAAAGAAAUAUCUGGAAACUCCAUUCUUAUAAACAUUUUUGAUGCCAUUUUGAAACCGUUCAUGCCGAUCUUAAAAAAGAAAGUGAACACUUUCUUAGACAAGAUCAACCCAACAGAAGCACAGAUGGCCGCAUACAUCGACACUCUGCGUGACAAGCUGUGGCCAGAGUCACCAGCAGCAGCACCUCCUCGACCUCCUCGCACAGACGAGGACAAAAAUGAGGCCAGGGAUCGAGCGCACCACCUCAUUAAUGCUAAAUAUUCAAACUAUCUUGUCCUCAAGAAGACGGAUAUGGAGUCUGUUUUUAAUCUUUUGCAGAACAGUGAAGAAAACAAAAUGCUGGUCUAUAUGCUCCUGUCAUUCCUGUUUCGUGAAUUUUUUCCCAAUGAGCAUUCCCUAAAUGUGAGCGCUGCUGCCCUACAGAAAAUGACCAACUCCAGCACCUGAUCUGUGAAACUGUGAUCUGUGAUCCUGCUUGUGUUUCUCAUGGUACUUUUUUUGACAUUUUAGAACAUGAAAUUAUUUAUUGAAUGUCUGUCUUUAAAUGCCUUUAAAUGUGUUUGACCAUUACUUUAUCAAUGUCAAACACCCUUUUAUGUUGUUUUUACCUCAAACCUAUCAGACAUGCUGUGAAUUUUUUCCUCUGAUUUUUACAGUAUUUUGUUCACUGUCAGUGUGAUAAAUGUAUUUGUGUUUAUUAAAUCAGAAACUAAUUUUGUGGGAGCUGCCUUUUGAAACCUCUUUAUUGUUUAACUCGAAGGAGAAAGUAAACAAUGAUUUUAUAUUACAGUUUGAGUUUCACCCUACACAAUUUCAUGUUAAUGAAUUUGAAUUUCCUAAAAUAUUUUGUCACUUCGAGCACUGUGUAAGGUGAGUUUGUAUUCUGGUUGAUUCGACUCGUAUAUCAAAACAUGCUGUCAAAGGAAACUUGAAAUAAUGUAAAUACUUUGAAUGUAUGCCAAUUUAAAUAUUUUAAUAAAUAUAUUUCAGUCAUAUUUUUGUCUUGGUGUAUUUAAGUUGAGUUUAGACACUGUGAAAGUCUUUGCA